AAUUCGACGAUGUCAGAGCAUACAAGGCAAAACUUCAGAAGAUAGCAAUCUGCAUACAAGACAGUUUUGGGAUGAUCCAAACAAUAUCUGGGAAACUGCUACAGCCUAAAGAAAAGGAAAUGGCGAAUAUCCUUCCAAGUCCAUGGCUACUGACGGUAGCGUUACAAAGCCUGGAGGCUGAACUCUGUGAUUUAGAGGUAGCGAAGUUCCUAGAUAAAUUAGAAGAAGGAACCCCAUGGGAUCAAUUAAAACAUACAGAUCUCAUAGGUUCACCAACCUCAGCUAUCAAUGUACUACAUGAACGGUUGGACGCGGCGCGGAAGCAGGACCGAAUGGCGAUACUCCAGUCUCAGCACGAGUGCCUCAAGCAGGUGGAAACGCUUUUGAGACAGAGAAUUCUACCGGCGGCGCUCCUAUUGUACUCUGGCUUGACUAAACUCCGUGUUUUUGUUACUCGAAUCCACGCGCAAUGCGAACUCCUAUUGGAAGAGCUUCAAGAAUUUUCUACGAUUUUCCAGAUAGACGACAAUCAGUCCCGUCUGGAUGCUGAUGACCAUCUGCUGAUCCAACUUUCGGAUCUCUUACAAGUGGAAGCGGGUGAGCUCAAUGUUCAUUUUGUGGAUAAAACUGAAAUGGAUACAGAAGAGGACGGGAGCCUCUCUCAAGAGGCGGUAUUGGACAAGCUAAAGGAGUUAAUGAAAGGCUCUGCAAACGUCCCAUUGGGCUGA